CCGAAGGGUGCAGAUCUCGCGCGCGUGGUAAUUUCGUUCUGCCCUUUUUUAUUAUAUCCUCUUUACCCCUCUACAUACCGAUAAUAUAAUGUUAGAGUUGCAAUAAAAUCUACUUUAGAAAGUGUUUGAACAAUGUAAAAGUACCAGAACAUUAAUUCUGAAUUUUAUAUAAAACAAAAAUUCAAUUUAGUUUUGUGCGAUACCAUUUGAGCGAGAAGUCUAUUGGUUUAUUGUCAUGACGUCAUGAGACCGAUUAUCAAUCGUCGAUUUUGGAUAUUGCUGAGUUGGUACAUUUCGAUACAAUGCAUAUUCGGCAUCUUAGGAGAAAGUCACCAAACAAACAGAGGCCAAAAACAUCAAAUCAACCGUCACAGAGCUGACUAUAUAAACACACGUGUGCCAUCAUCAAUAAAAAGUGGCAUCCACGACAAACGAGAAAUGUUCGCUAAUGAGAAUAUCAAUAAAAUCCCUUCGAAUCACGUAAAAUUUUCGCGACGCAUUGAUCGCAAUCCUCUAACUACUAACUUUAUUAACACAAACAAGAAUGUAGCAAAUUUAGUGUCUUAUCGAAGAAAAUUAGAAAAAUUUGAAAAUGAUAACACCGAAGGAGGUGGAGAUAAAGAAUUUUAUGCCGACGAUAUUGCACAGCGUAAAAGCAAUGUCCGCCAUAUAACGAUGCAUCAUCGACAUAGAAGGGCUUCCCCGCAGAACAAUACUGAGGACCAUGCAAAACCAGCAAUUUUAUCGACAACCCCAUUGCCGCCGCCACCAGCAUCAACUGCUCCACCAUCGCCCCCAAUCCACACAAUUAAUGCAAUAGUAGAUUUAAAUCAAAAUAGUUCAAGUGACAAAACAUUUUACGAAAAGAGCGAACUCAGUGACGCAUUAAAUGCAAUAGAAAAUCAAAAUUCUAAUUCAAACGAGCAGAUUAUUAUACUGUCGAAUACGGACGAGUUGGAUAGCAACGGUGAUAGUUCGGUGCAUGAUAGUAGUAGUGAUUUGAAGGAAGUUGAUUCGUUCAUGUUAAGUGAUGAACCGCGAGUGUUACCGCUUCGACCAAUUAUUAGCGGACCCUAUGAUGAUGAACAUCAAGGUGAAAUGUCGGUGGUGUAUGCCGAGCCGCAUACAGAAGUGAGGCUAAAUUGCGACGUUGAUUUGGACGUUGCUUCAACGGUUUGGAUGAAAGAUGGACAAAUGGUUCAUACAACCGACAGAAAUUCCCGGCCGACUGAUAAUCGUUUUAUAAGAGAAGUGAGGGGUGGCUUAACCAUUACAAAUGCAAUGCUGGAGGACGAUGGUAAAUGGCAAUGUGAGGCUGAAAACGCCAAGGGAUACAUUGAAAAUGCUAGACCAGUUAAAUUAGUAAUAUUAGACCGUCCGAAGGCACCAUAUUUGCUUAUUGACUCACGUCGGUUGGAUGCUGGCAAUAUAUUUGUACCUGUAAAGGAAAAUUCCGAAUUGAGUUUGGCAUGUAUAAGUGAGGGCGGAAAUCCCAAGCCAACUUUAACAUGGGAGGUUCUACUAAGUCCUGGUGUUGAUCGGCAUUCGCAGAAAGUAGCUGCUGAAGUUUUAGAAUUACAGGAAGUUCGAAAUGAUAAGCUAUCGGAAAAAGAUUCCUAUAAAGUCGGUAGUGGUGGUGCAAAAAGUGAAGCGAAAAUGCCAGCAGUGUAUAGGGCACACCAUAAUGCAAGAAUAUUAUGUGUAAUGGAACAUCCGACACUGAAGAUGAGACAAAAUGCAUCACUUUUACUUGACGUUCAAUAUACACCAUCGUUUGCUAUUUCCCGUACUCCUGGCUUUGGGUAUCCUUUGAGAGAAGGUAUCGAAGUGUCUUUGAAAUGUGAUGUCGAUUCAAAUCCACCCAGCACACCUUUAUGGCAGAAGGAUGAAGGCGAUACACCAGUUCCACAAAAUGGUGAUGGUUUCCUGAAUUUCACGUCAAUACGACGAGAACACAGUGGAUGGUAUAAAUGCACUUCACGUCAUUUAAAUUUUCAAUAUUCGAGCAUUGGAUAUUAUUUGAGUGUGAGAUACGAUUCCGUUGAUGUAACAUCGGAACCAUUGGAUCAGGACGUUUCGGUUGCAGCUUCACACAAUCCGAAUAAGAGACCGCAGUUGGAAGUGCAGUUGGGCGGGGCAGUGACGCUUCAAUGUCCACAAGGAUCGUUGGGUUGCUGGUCGCAUUUGGAUCCGGUCAGUGCUCGUUUGCGUGGUCUUGGCGCUGGCCUAACAACGCCAACUGGGCAAUUUUCAUUGAAAGAUGUGGUGUAUCAAGACGCUGGUAUUUACAAGUGUAUUGGCCAAUCCGUUUCCAAUAAAAAGAAACUGGAAAUUGUGCAUACGGUAGCGGUUCAAGUGAAAGGAGCACCAACAGUCGCAACGCGAAAUCAUACACCGGUAGCGUAUCCCGGUUCACCGUUGCAUUUGUCGGUGGAGUUUUGUGCCAAUCCGCCGGCAUUUGCGGCACGAUGGCUUCAUGGCGAUCGGAUAUAUACGCCCGGAAAUCAGUACGGCAUCGAUGUACUCGCUUAUGGAGUAAUUGAUCUGCCAACGCCAUACUGCAAAGAGGCUCGUCUCACCUAUGUCCACAUGCAUGAACGAGUGCCACGUACAUUCUAUUUCGUUGUAUCGUCACCGGCUGGUGUAGCAGAAACAAUAUUCCAAGUAAAUUUCACAUUAAAACACAAAGGUAUGUCAAAUUCAAUAGAUGAGGACGAGGAAGAAUUGAGCGAACCAGAAGAAAUCCAUUUUCCUGUUUUCGGAAAGAGUUCGUCAUCUUCACAUAACUGUAAAAUUGUUCUAAUAUUAAUGUACUUGAUAUGUGUCAUCAUGACUGUGUUGUAGAGAAAAUGUUUUUUAGAAUUUGUUUUCGUUUCAUAAAACAUUUUUUUGGUUUUUUAAAACAUUUUUCUUUUCCUUUUUUAUUAUUGUAAUCCUCUUAAAACGAGGAGAGGUGCGUUUUUAAUGAUUAGGCAGAACCGGCAGAAGAAGAAUUACACAUAAUUCGCAAAUGAAAUUACUAAUUUUUUAUAUAAAAAUUUACAUGACAAAAAAAAAGCUCAACAGAGAAAAAACUACUAAACUUAAUCCAUUUGUUAAAUGUAAGCACAAAAUAUAAAAAAUAAAAAAAAAGACGUGAAAUGAGACAAGAUAAAAGUGAAGAAAAAAAAAUAAAAAAUUUUGUUUAAAGCGUUUCGGUGGUGGUAUGAAACAUGUCUCAGCUCUAUUUUUUAUUCUUCUUUGUCUUUAUAACAAAAAAAAUGAUUUUUCCUGAGGCACGUUUCACGUCCCAGAAAUAUAUGAACGCGCUAGAUAUUAUAUGAAGUUCCAAACUUAUGAACAUAAUUUUUAGCUGUAUAUUUUAUGGUAUAUUACGUAUUUUAUAGUAUUAUCAAAACGAGACAAAUUUCUGAAAUCCGGAUAUUAAUACUCUCGUACUUAUGCAAUUGUUAAUUUUGCAAAAAUUGAAAAAUGAAAAAGACAACAAGAAGAACAAUGAUACUGCGAUAGAAAAUUUUGAUUUUAAUUUGUUUUUUAACAAAAAAAAAAAUUCAUUUAAGUUAACGAAUUAAAAAUAAUAAAAAAAGAAGAAGAAGAAUAAAGUAAAUCUAGUAAAACGUACAUAAAAUGGUGCUAAAUAAAAAAAAAACUUUAAAUAAAAAAGAUAUAAGAGGUAUAAGCCCCAAGCUGCAUUAAAAAUGUGUUUAAAAAAAAUAGCGAAGAUGAACCCCUUCCGCGUUCACAUAAAAUUACAACAGUGAAAAAAAACCUUUUCAACUCUAUAACAAUUCCUCCUACUUAAUAUUCAUCAACUUUUUAAAGUUUAUUAUUGGACUCGACGAAAUAAUUUUCCUAGGAUACCUCAGAAUAUAAAUAAUCCACAAAAAUUUAACAUAAUUUUACAUGACACAACGUUUAAUUACGGAGAAUUUAAAUUUCAAAUGAUUAAAAGUUUUCCUACCCAUUUUUCAGAUGGUAUAGCCCUUCGACGACCGCUUUUUUCACCCAUUCAUCCUAUAUAUACACUUCGUGUGUGCUACUUCUCUUUCACUCUCUAUAUAUAUCUCUCUCUCCCUGUCGUCUCAGUUAAUUUGUGUUCCAACUAUAAUUCAUUAAACGUGAAAAUGUUCUGACUUUUGUCGGAACUAAACAUUAUUUUAAAAUAUUUUCGUUUUAAAACACAAUUUUAAUCGUAUCGUCCGUAUCUCGUGCAUCUCGUGGAUGGAUGGACGAAUGAAUUUACUUAACAUUUCAGAUGCAUAAAAUAUGAGCGUUUGGUGCAAUAAGAAAAACAUGCGGAAACAUUUUAUAACGUCAGUUUGUUUUUACAUCUGCUGUAGUGAAUCUGCCAGUUUGAGGGGUUGUUGCACCGCAGACCCAGAAAAUGGAGUGACAAUAAAAAGCAGUUUCAGGUCACCCGUUUCUUUGUGCUGUCAGAGCUUUUGAAGAUAUGUGACUGUUGGGAUCAAAAGUCGGUCUACUUCGUCUGUCAAAGUGACGUUUCAAACGUCAAACUGAAAUAAAUAUGUGAAGUCGUAGUGAAAUUGUGGAUUUUUCACUAAUAUAAUUGUGAAGAAAUGAACAAUUUUUGGACCAAUUUGCAUAUUUACUUUUGUUUGACGUUUAAAACGUCACUUUGACAAAUGAAAUAGAUCGACUUUUGAUCACAACUGUCGUUUAAUAUAUGCAGAGAUUAUGCUCGGAAAAACAUUUUCCGAGUUUUUCCAAAACAUUUCCCACUUUUUCCUAACAUUUUCCCAUGUUUUUCCAAAAAUAACUUUCGGGAAAAUAUUGAAAUUUUGAGGUUAAUGUUUCACGAUAUCGAAUACACUUGCCCCUCAUGUGAAAAGUAUGACUAUGAGUAACUAUAAUGUUUUAUGUUGAAAUUUGCAAACAUGCCAGUCACUAUACUGACUUCCCUUCUGAUUAAUAUCUUCAUCUGCCAUCUCCGUGUCCGUGCAGUCAAAUUCUAGUUUCUUAUUUAAAUAAAACACGACCGAACAAACGAGUCUACAUAUUUGAUGGUACGGAAAGAGAAUUCUAUCGACGUGAAAUAAUUGAAAUCUGUAAGAAGUUUCAAAUUUUAAGGGAAAAUUUACUAAUUUGAAAUAGUUGCUUCAUCACCAUGCAUUAUAUAAAACAUCCAGUCUUGACAAUUUAAUCUCUUUCUCUCUGAUAAACUGCGUUAUUCGCAUACACACAGAAAUAUAUUUAUUCGUAAAUAAUCACCGCUGAUGAGCUCCUGGUUUUGUUCACUUAAUUUGUAUUCAAUGUACGUAGACAUUUAAAUUUUCUUUCGUUAGAUAAAUGGUGUACUUACACCAACGAUGGUAUCGCGUAAGUAAGAAGGAGAAAAGAACGAAUAGAAACGACAGAAUAAAUGGUCCAAUAAUGAGCUUCAUAUCACUCACUAUCUCUUCAAAAUUCAUGGCAAUACUCAUACACUUAAAUACAGAAAAGAAAAUCCUAUUCAUGGUUAAAGCCUAGCUGAUUAGAUCAUCCAAAGAAUCUUACGAGGCUACAUUUGUGAAUUGUUCGCAAUUUCGUUUCAGUUUCAUUUAAAAUUUAAGUCGCAGGAAAAGAAAUUUGCGUAAAUGCGAUAAGCCGGAAAGGGAUAAUGCAAACACUUGAACAAAGCUUUCGAGUGAAUGUCGAUCAUUUUAUUACAAAAUCGUUUUUUGGUCAAUUAGUCAGAAUUCAGAAUUAAAAUCUGAUCUGUUGCAUUUGACAUCAUUUCACAUCGAAUGCAAUUAACGAUGCCCAUUUUAAGCAAAAUAUUAUUUAAAAUAACAUUUUGCUGUAGAGCUUUCAUAGGACGAACAAUUAAAUAAAAAUUUCGCUUCAGUCUUUGCUCUCUUUUUUCCUCGAUUUUUUUACAUCAAAAUUCAAUGCAAUGAAAAUUGAACAAAAGAGGUCAUAAUCUCUCGUUGGAAUAAAUCCUGCAACGAAUUGAAAAUGAAAAAAGAAAAUCAAAUCUGGUAAAUGGACGAAUGAACUGACAUAUAUACACACACACAUAUCCAACACGAUGAACUGGUAAAAGUGGAAAUCAUUAAGUAAAUUAAAUUCUGAAUGCAAACAUCUCCAUCUCUCUCUAUCGCUUUCCUCAUGUGUUCUCUUUGAAAAAUUGUGUGGCACAGGGAAAACAUAAUAUGUGAAGUAGUAGAUCAAUAUUAUGACACACAUACAUCCAUAUACUAAUGUGCACCGACAGAAACUGACAACACAACCGGAGAGUUGAGUGAUUCAAUAACAAGCCCGAUUGUCACCCAUAUUUGUUUGAAAUUUGUUGACUGAUGCCCUUUUCUAUUCGCAUCGUCAUUCCAAAUUCAAAGAUUCUCUAAUGCACUCCAAUGAUUAAUGAAAAUCCGUAUUAAGACGAACAGAAGAACAGCAGACGAGGUGAAUUUUUAAAAAGGGGAGAAAGCAUUUUCCUUGACGAAACAGUUCGUGUGUAUACAUGCGAAUGGGCUUGAUAAAUGAAUAGGAAACGGAUUUUGUGUUUUGUGUAUGGUAUAAUUGCCUUCAUCGAAAUUGGUUCUGUUCAACGCUUUGGUAAACUUUUUUUUUAUUUCUUUCUCAAUUUUAAAACUCUAUUCUCGUGCACCCAUUCAUCGCUUUGUAUCAUUAGUGUUUUUGGUUUGAGAAGAAGACGAAGUUUUUUUUUGAAAUAUAUUUUUUCGAGAACCUAGUUGCCAAAUUUAUACUAAUUUUCCACAUUUAUAAUAUUCCUUUAGAUGAAAUCAAAAUGUACAUAAAAUACUACAUUAUAAUACAUUACAUCAUACAUGGGCCUACAUAUGAAUAAUAAAAGAAAAAUUAAAAAAUUUUGUAAAUCACCAAAACUAAACGACCACUUUCAUCGUCUCCGUUGAAUGACAAAGAAACAAAGGGUUUUUUUUAAGAAAAACCUAUCCCCGAUUCGGACGUAUUUUCGAGUGAACUUAUUUUCUUGAGGCUUGAACGGUAUUGAAGCCAAGAAGCCGAAAUGCAUUUCUGAAAGAAUCAAUCUCCAAUAGCCGUUAAAAAUCCAGAGAACUCUAAUAUUUGCACAGCUGAGUAUGAUGAGGUAAAGUAAUGCAAAAUCUCGCGAGCGUUUCAGUGUUUUAGUGCUUCCAAACCUUGUAAAUCAUGUGAGCAAAAUGCCAGCUACCUCAAAGAUUGAAACAAUGAUAACAAUAAAAUCGUUUUUUGAGGAAUGUGAGGGUUUCUAGCAGGAGUAGGGAGCGAGUUCUGAAUUCGAAUUCGCUAUAAAAUAAACUUUACCAUAGAUAAGAAGCCACAUUUUAACGAACACCUGUCGACAAGCAGCGACAAAGUACAGCCAUUGUUAAAGAAUUUCGAGAAUUUAAAGUCUUACAUGCGACUGGUUUUCUACCACUGACUGUUUCGAUCUGAAAGAUGAUAAUAUCAUCUUUCGAUGCUUUGCAUUUAAUAAUGCUGUUCAAAAAUACCACACCUCAUCUGGCAAUUGCCAUUGCUACAGUGGCAAUGAAGUGCAUGAGAAAGUCUAGCGAAUAAUAUGAAAGUAAAUAUUCAUAUAAUUUCACACUAUACCUGUCAACACUCAUGGAUGUCUGUGGUAAACAUUCAAAAAAUUUUCAGAAUUCUUAAAAACUCCCUAAAUUUUUAUAAUUCCUUUAUGAUUCUGGAAUAUUCUGAAAUUCCCGAUAAUUCUCAAAAUGUCUUCAAAAUUCAAUACGAACAUUCACUAGAGUGGAGGUAAAAAUUAUUGAAAUUCGUUUCGGCUUCUAAAGUUCCUUACCCUUCUAAGCAUAAUUAGUCCCCUGGAAAAUGUGUCCGAUGAGUCCUUCAAAACAAUUUUUAAAAAAUUACAAAAAUUAAGUUCCAUUGAAGAAGUAAAACAAAAGCAAAAAACAAUGAAAAUAAAUGAUUCGAUUAAUAGAAUGCAAUUAAAACAUCAUUUUAAUUCAAAGCAUUUGACAACAACACAACAAAACUGACAACAACCGGUAAGUUUAAUUGAAAAGAACACCAAUUAUUUUUAAAUUGAACAAAAAGAAAUUAACAAAAAAAAGAAUAAACACAAAAAAAGUAUAAAAAACAAAAUAAUAUUUACUUAAAAUAUAAAUAUAUUUACAUGUAAUGAUGAUGAUGACGAUGAUGAUGAUAUAAAAAAAAACAACAAACAAAAUUGCAUUAUGCGUUCAUCAUAAAAAAACAAUUUUUUAAUUGUAAUUUGAAUGUAUGAAUGGUGUACUUAUAAUUCUAUAAUAACAAACAAAACAAAAAAAAGUAAAAAAAUAAAAAUAAUAUGUUGCCUAGCCGUGUAUAAAAAAUAAAAUAACAAAAAAAGGAAAAAAUUUAAAAAAAAAAUGAAAUUAAUGUGAAAAUUUACAAUUUUUGUCGAAUUUAAAAUGAUUUAAAGAUGUAGGUGGUCAGACGAAUAAAUUUAUUAAAUUAAAAACCAUUUUUCGGUGGAAACAUGAUCAUAAAUUACUUCUAUAAUAUGGGACACAAAAGGCAGGCAAUGAACAAUAGGUUCAUAAAUACCCCCGUGUCUGAUGUUACGUUAUCUGUAUGUAAACUGGUCUCCCUGUCGCUCCAACUGUGUGUGUGUGUGUGUAUGUGCCAAUUUAUAUAUAUGAAAUAGUGUUGAGAACGGGACAUUGAUUUAUAAUUUACCGGGAGGGUGGAUUGUGGUGAAUUAGAGCGGCAUUUUUGGUGUACGUGUAAUAAUUUCUGCAUUGUAAAAUACACAAAAAAAAAAUAUUAUUUUGAAUUUCCAUAUAGGCCAAUGAAUAUUCUAUUUUUUGCUCUGUAUAUCCUCCGGUUCAUAUUAAAUUGUACAUAUACAAAUCAACGUUAUUGAAAUGCUGUGGAAUCAUAUCUGACUUUAUCGGUCGAUUUGACUAAUUCACUUCGGACAGAAUGUUGUACGGAUGCCAGCAUUGGUUUAAUAUUUUAAUUUUAGCAUAACAAUGUUGACCAGAUCGGAAAAGCAACGAUGAUUAAGACAAACGUUCCAUAUAUACAGUAUUAUGGUGUGUUGUGUGGUAGUAUUACGCUUUUCGUAAUACAUUUAUUUAUUAAUUCACUUAUUAUCAAUACUGCAUGACGCGAUAAGAAGGAUAUCAGCCACUAUUAACAACUACAUUCAAAUUCCUCAUAUUUCGAUAGUCUUAAUUUCAAAUGAUUUUUUAUUUUAUUACACAAACUGGCAAACAUCGAUACCAUUUCUGAACUUACAGUUGAAUUGGUUUUGAGUUUGUCGAGCAAAUAUUUUGAUGUAGCAUACUGUGGCAUUUUGUUGAUUGAUUUUGUGUAUGUUUGAUUCCUGGAAAAGAAAUGAAAACAGUAUUUAACAGCAAAUAUAUUACUGUGGAAUCGAUUGAAUGCUUCUUGGGAAAAUACAGAAGACUUUUCAAUGAUGCUUUUGUGCUUUGAAUAUCUACAGUCGCAAUUUAAUGGCGCAAAAUUCAAACUUCAAAAAUCAUUGCCUCACAUUAAACUCAUAUUUCAUCUUUGUUCUACUACCAACGGUUCAAUUUAACAAUCGACACAUUCACCUUCAAUUUACCGUAAUAACUUCUCUUGGUCUUGAUUUCGUUUCAGUGUCAUAGAAACAUACCCACAACCACAAUGUAAUCCGGUAGUUUUGUUAACGUUUGUUACCGAAUCAAUUAACAUUUCAUAAAACAUAUCCAAUUUGUGUAAGUCUUUGAGGAAUCAUUUCUACAAUUAAUUUACAUGCUCACAUAGCGCUCCAAAGGAACCAAUUUGAAUGACCAAAUUGUCAAACACAUUUAGUGUGUUUCCCGAAGAAAUUUAUGAUCAUAACCAUGCAAAAUACAAUUAAAUGUAAAUUCUUAAUGAUAGAAAUUGUAAAAAAAAAAACAAAAUAUUUGGGGAGACGUUUUGAAAUGAUGAUAUAUUUUGUGAGAAAUAGGUACGAAGGAUGUAAGAAACGGUGAGAAAUAAGUGAAACAUUUUAUCUAAUAGGUGAGAUGUGCAGGAAGUCUUCUUAAUUUGGAAUCAAAGUGUCGUUAACGUUUUACUAAGUAAUCAGCCAAAGUUAUACUUUAAACGUGUUUCCUUCCAAGUGGCAAAAAACUGAUUAAGAAAACAUUGAAAAAAGUUUAUCAAAAUUGGUUAAAGAUUUGAUACUCUUACUCGAUUGGAGCUUAGAACCGAAUGAGUCUGUGGGCUAAAUGAAGCGGUUAAUGGCUCUGAGAAAAUAGAACGAGCGACCAUGAGCUUAAGGUCCAAUUG